UCUCAUAUAUUUUCCUUAGAUUGAAAACUUUAUAUCCAUACAUCUGCCAACUAAUAAUACCAGAGUAACAAAUUAUGAAAUUUGAAAACCCCAAGCAGGAUGUGAUUGAUAGCUCUGAAACAUGGUAGUUAAUAAUUGAGCCAACAUUGAUACAUUAUCACGGGGAUGUGUGAAUGUGCAUCAAGCUCAAAGCAACAUCAAGUGAAGAAUAGAUAAAGUUUGGUAUGUAGAUGAGAAGCAGGCUAGGUUCUCAACAAUCAAUAGUUCAUACCUCUUUCAUUUUCAAGGAUUGAUUAUGUUGGCAAAUCUUCAAUAAUGUGGGCCAUUUGCUCCUGAAUCAUUAGUAGUUCUUCAUAAAGACCUCCAAGAGACAGCACCAUGUGAAGGUUCAUGAGUCCUUGUCUUUCUAGACGCCAUUCAAUUCCAUACAGAAGGGUAUCCACACAAGCAUCCUUUUGAUCUAUAUAUACCAAUACUCAUCUUUGCAUUCUCAAACAAAAAACAUCAGACUUGAAACACUUUUUUCAUAUACAAGCUACUUGAGAUCAUUCUAUAGUUGUGUGAGUGGAGCAACAACAAAGAAACAAUGGGAUUUCGCUUACCUAGAAUUAGAAAAUCUACACAAGCAGCUUCAAAGGGUGGAGAAGUCUCAAAGGGGCAUCUUGCAGUUUAUGUUGGAGAAAAGAUGAAGAGAUUCAUAGUUCCAAUAUCAUAUUUGAACCAACCAUCAUUUCAAGACUUGCUGAAUAAGGCGGAAGAAGAAUUUGGUUAUGUUCAUCCAAUGGGUGGCCUCACAAUUCCUUGCACAGAAGAUGUGUUCUUAGAUAUCAUAUCAUUUUUUGCUUGAAUCACUCAUUCAUCAGAAAAAAGAGGCUGACAUAGCAUAGAUUAGCUCAACUCAAACAAUUUUGUAGUAUCAUAAUACAUUGAGUGUAUAUCUUGUUUUUCCCUUUGCCUUCUCGCAAAAGUGGAACAUCAUAAUUAUUGUGACUGAUUAAUGCAUAAAAAUUUUGUUAUAACUUCAUUGUAUUUUUCUUCACUAAGUUUUCUUUUCUCAUCCUUUCACCCUUAUAUGCAUCUUGACAUGUUAUCUUUUUUAACCUUUUUAGGUAAAAGAAAAUAUAAUCUAGGUGAAACGCAAGUAACACACUAAUAACUCUCAACAAUAAAAAAAUUUAGAAAUUAUCAAAAUAUAAUCAUUAUAAACUAAGAAAUAUAAUUUUUAGAAUUAGAAUAAAAAGUAGAAGAGUCAAAGUUAAAGAAAUUUACACCUCAUGAAAAUCAAUCGAUAUGUAAAAAUAAAUUAUAAUGAUAGUUUUUUCCAAUUGUGUAUGUAAAUAUUAUCUUAUACAUAUAUAAAAAAAAUUUUAAAAAAAUCAAAUCACAUCCUUGAUGGGGUGUAUUGAUAGACAACAGCAAAUGGGAUAUCACAUGGUUUUGCCUUCAAGGAUUAGUUGACACUUUAGAUUUCAUGCCAAAUAGUUGGCACCUUCAGAAAGUGACUUUACAACCAAUAAGUGAUGCGUGAGCAUCUUUUCUAUCUUUUUCUAGUGAAUUU